UUGUCCGCGGCCUGCCCUUGCGGAGUAGCAAACCAAAAAUCGAUUAAACUUUAAUUAGUAAUCGAAGUGGUUCCGUUUAGUUCGGUCGAAGUCGGGAUGAGCAAAUCUCCGUCGUCGGAAACGACCAGCGAGACGCUGAGCGUCAGCGACGAGUCCAUUGCCGCUUCCGUGGUCAACUCCUCGAGUGCCCCCCAGAUAAGGCCCAAUGUCAUAACCAAGACGGCGAAGAAACCCGCCAAGGAAGAGCCAAAGGAACGUCCUCCGUGGCGGCCGGCCAGUGUGGCCCAGGGAUUGGUUCCGACCGUUCCGAAGCCGGAUUUGCGAGCACGGAUUUUGGAUGUGUCCAAGUAUGUAUCUUUCUGUUUAUCGUCAGACAGCCAGCAGUGCAAUGAGAGCAGUUGGGUUUAAAAAUAGCUCCGGCUUUGUUCCCAAUUGGAUCUCGGCAGGCGUUGAAAUGUAGUGCACAGUGGGAAAAACAAAGCACAGAGAAUCAAAAUGCAUCUUACACAAUGAUAGGUGUCACGUGACGCGACGCAAAUUUCCUGUACGAUUC